GAGGACGGACGCUUCCUGCGGAUACUCGUUUUAUCAAAACACCAUGGAGAAAUUUCGAAGCGCUUCUGUUCCUCAUAUUAAGUUUGAAUCACCAAGAAAACCGUUUCCACAUUUUUCGUUUCAUACCCGUGUUAUGCAAUGUGGUUGGAAACACAGUGGUAAAUUCGCUUUACUUUUCUCAGCUCUUGUUAUCCUAUCCAUUUUACUUCCUUAUACAUUCGCUUUGAUAGCUGGAAAUGUUAGACCUCUACUGCCACUAAUCAGGCAAAGUGAUUCUGAUAUCACUCAGAGUGGAAUUUGCAGUGUUGCUUUGUAUAUUAUAGCUGUUAUUGGAAGUAUUAUGAUCUCCGUUCGUUACGUUCACGUAUCUAGUCAAAAUGAAGCACGAAAUUGGCGGCUAAAUAUACUGAACAAGUUAGGACUGUCGAUAGGAUUUGUUUCGUUUACAGGACUUAUAAUCGUUGCAGCUUUUCCAGUUAAUAUGGAUCUAGGAAAAAAUGAUUUAUGGGAUCCUUCAGUGCUUAUUGCACCUUUGAUGGGUGCAUUCUUUGCUUUCUUUUUUGGCGCCUUGUACAUGCUGUUCCAAACGGCCAUCUCUCUCUUUUUCUAUGAAGGAAAUGGUCGAAUCGUUAUGAUUCGAUUUAUACUUUUUAUGGUGUGUUCAAUAUGUUUUGCGACAUCUACUUUAAGCACGAUGUUCGGAAACAAGAAGACAGCUUCUGACAAUAUUUAUAUGCAGACUGAUAUUAUGAUGAAGUUUGUAAUGGAACCUAAUGUAUUGAGCAGUUUGUGUGAAUGGUUGAUGGUACUUUUCUUCGCUGUGUACUUUCUGACCUUUAUUAGAGAGAGUGAAUCCAUAUCUGUAGCUAUCACCUUCAGGCAUUUCAUUACGGGACGACGGAUUUCUUUAGCUUCUCUCACCAACAUGAGCAAAAUAUAGAAAAUUUCGUUUUUCAGCUCAUAAAGAAGAUUGUUUGUGAUACCCAAGUUUGUCUUGAUCUUGAAGAGUCCUUUUCUUUAUCUGAAUUUGAUGUACUAUGCAAUUCGUGUAAAUGGUUGAUGAUACUUUUCUUCGCUGUAUUUGACAUUCGUUUGAGAGCAUUAAAUUGCCAUCACUUUCAGGCAUUUGAUAACGGGGCGAUGGAUCUCUCGAUCUGCAUCCACCAACAUGAGCAAAAUAUAGAAAACUGCAUUUCCAGCUAAUGAAAAAAUAAUUUGAUGCUCAAGUUUGUCUGGCUCUUGACGCGUAAUAGAUUAUGCCUGAAUUACACACUCAAGACUUUUAUUGAGUUCAUGAAAAUUUUCAAGUUAUUUGCCUUGAAUAGUUGCUCUUGAAUCAUGAUUUAUUCGCCAUGAAUCAUUUAUAUUAUUUUCAUGAAGGUGCCAAUCGCGUUUUUCUUUUGCUUUGUUAAAUGUCCAAUGCAAUUUAUUUUCGUACAAAUUUUGAUACGCGUUAGAAAUUUUGGAUUUUUUUUACAUGGCUUAUUGCUUUUUUAUAUGCCAAAAUGUCGUAAGUAUAUUUUGUAAAAUGGUUAUAAGUAUAAGCUUUUUCAUUUAAUCGCUUAGAGACAAUUUGUUUUCUACCGAAGGAAAAUGCUCCAAAAACUAAUGUACAAAGUCUAUUCGCUUACAGAAUUUCAUCAUUUUAUUGUUGAUCAACGGAAAUUUUACAACCGAAUCGUCUCGUGCAAUUAUGUUUAUUCAUUCUUAGAGUAUAAGUUUGAAUUUUCUGUAAACGAAGAACAUUCAAGAUAAAUAAUCUAACUUUCUAUUCCAAGAGAAAUAUUCUGAUUUUUAAAAAAAGAGUGAAUGAGUCUGCCUUUUAACAUAUUAACUGCUGUCCGUUUAUAUAAUAGACAAGUUUUCUGCAAUCGAAAAUUAA